CGGCCCCUUAAAACCUCUCGACCCUUGCCUGUCAGGAUCUCCACUAUUUUGUCUGGUUGGAGCCUUACUUUGUGAAGGAAGCCAGCUGGGUGCCCCGCAACCAGGGCCAGGCUCGCAGGGGCCCCUGGGACUUGUAGUUCCUAGAACCUGGCCACCCAUAAGCCAUCCCCUUUGGGAGUUUAUGAGGACCACGCCAUUGCACAGCAUUUGGGGGCAGUGCUUGAUUUGCUUCGAAUCCAGGUCCAAAUUAUUUCCUGAGUUACUACCGUGUGUUAACACUGUGCUAGGAUUGGCGGAUGGUAGAUGAAAUCAUGCCCCAGCCCUCGCCCUCACUUUACGGUAAGCAGAAAGUGAGCCUGCAAGGUAGAAUAUAAUGAACAGAAAUUACAUGUUAUUAGUGCUAGUGGAGAGUAGCAAAGGACCAGAGUCAGAAAAAAACUUCCAGGAAGAUGAGGGUUUUGAAUCAGGCUUUGAAACGUGGAAUGCUCUAGAUUAGGGGAAAAUUGCAAAAAUCAAAGGAUGGAAGUGGCAGAGAAUAUAAAGAAAAAUUUGAUCUGGUAUAGUUGAAGGUUUAUUUUGGAGAGUGGCAAGUAGGGCUUAGGUGGGGAAGUAGGCACAAGGAUCUUUUGGCCUCACAGAAGGUGCUUCUGUUUUGAGUUUCUCUUCAGCAGAGACUAAAUAUGGGCACUGAGGUACAUCUUCAGGUUUAAAUAAAAGAUAACAUCACAGGACUUAAUUGUGUCCAGUUUCUGGACCUCAUGGCCCUUGUUACUCUAUGAAUGAAUACAUUUUUAUUAAUCCUGUGAUGAACUUGUGGGUAGCAAAAUUACAUUGCAUUGUGUGUUAGGUAUAAUCUUUCAAAACAAACUACAGUUUCUAUAAUUUGUUUUGUCACUUAUUUAGUUUUUAUAUAUCAGAAGUCUCAAGGGAAAUGGACUCAAUAUAUCUUGACCUCUGGAAGUGAGUGUGAUGAUUUCAGACUUAGUACUGAGAACAAUGGAUGAUUUAGUUUUGAUAUCUUUCAAAGACAUGUAUACAGUCACAGAUUAGAAAGUCCUUUUUUGUCAGGCCAUCAGUUCCUCGUUUUUCAUUUUAGAAAAUAAAAUCAUAGUUAACUGUAAGAUACUAUGUUUCAAACUGGAUUUUGUACUGAAUUCAGUGCUGGCCUAUGCCACAGCCACAGCAACUCAGGAACCAAAUCGUGUCUGCCACCUGCACCACAGCUCACAGCAAUGCUGGAUCCUUAACCCACUGAGCGAGGCCAGGGUUUGAACCUGCGAUCUCAUGGGUAAAAGUUGGGUUCAUUACCGCUAAGCCACCAUAGGAACUCCCACAGUUUAGUAUUUUUAAUCAUCUUUUGGACCUCUCACCCUGAUGCCCUGUAGAGAUCUAUAAGCAGCCUCUGAAAACUGAACUCAUUAAUCCCUUUCCCAACUAUCUUCCUAUUUUGACAGUAUUCAAAAUGAUACUACCUCUCGGUUACUCAAGCCAAAAACCUGAGGGUCUUUGAUUCCUCCUUCACUUUGUCCUGCAUAUCUAAUUGCUCACCAAAUCCUGUGAAUUCUGCCUUUUAAGUGAAUCUUUCCCCACCUUACAUUCCUACUUCCAUUUUUGGAUUCAGAUUUCCAGCAUCUCUCAUGAGAACCAUUAUAAUGGCCUCUUAGCCAGUCUUCCUGCCUCUACAGAAUAGCUCUAUGUUUAAUCAGAUUUUUUUCUUGCUGUGAAGUUUUAUAGUUUUUAUGAAGGGUUGCCACAUAUUUUCACCGAAGUUAUUCCUAGGUAUUUUGAAAAAAUUUUGUAUUGCUGUUAUGAAAAUGAUUUUUUCUAUUAGCAUUAGGAAAGCUAUUAACUUUGUCAGAUAUUCUCCGGUAUUCUGUGACUUACCAACUUUCUCAUUAAAUCUAAAGUUUUCUGAUUGAGUGUUUGGAGUUUCUGUGUAUAAAACCUACCCUCUACAAACAAUGAUAAUUUUGUUUUCUCCCUGCCAGUAGUGUUACCUCUUACUCUUUUACAUAUCUUAUGCACUAACUAGAAUUUCUAUUUAUUAAUAAGAUGAUCAACUACUAAAUACUAAAGGCAAUAGCAUGUUUCUUUGUUUAGUUUUUGGUUAAAUUAAAAAAUUUGAAUAGCAUACUUUCAAGUAUCAAAAUAGUUGUUUUCUUUCAGUAGUAUGUCAUUCUUAAGAAUGUUUCUUAUUUAUUUAGAAAGUGGAAAUGAAAGAGGCAUCAUGAAAAAGAUUUCAAAGAGAAAAGAAGAUAUUUUUAGAAAAAUUUCGAAAGGCGCAGAUAACAUUGCUGUAGAAGAAAAUAUAGACAAGCAUCUUCAAAAAGAUUCAAAUAUAGAAGAAAAUCAAAACAUAGUAGAAACUCUGAGAGGCAAAGUAAGAGAAAAGCUAAAAAGUGCCAAGGUCAAUCAAGGUGAAAAAUCUUCAACUCGGCUGCUCAUUGAUGACAAGAUAUAUCAGUGGUCUCAGACUGAAGUCUCACUGGAUAAAGGUCUUUCAUUUUUCAUUCAGAGUGAUGAAGAAGACUCAGCUUUAGACCAGUCUGCAGAGCAGACAUCAGUAAAUGGUAGUUACCACAAACAUUCUUCACUUGAUGAUAAUUUACAAAACUUUGUUGAGGGCCAAGAUGAAGAUUUUAUGAAGGAAGUCAUUUUCCCAGAUUUAGUUGAAAUAAAGGCUGCUGAUUAUGAAGAUGAUCAGGAACAAAUUAAAAGACAACAGGCAAAUAUUUUUGUUCCAAGUAGUUCUCCAGUGAACACCCAGCUUAAACUGCCAAAAGAUGUGAUGCCACGCAUUUUAGAAGAAGAAGGAAUCUAUGUGCAGAAAAAGCCAAGAAUAUAUAAAAAGACCUGCAACAAAAUGGAAAAUCGCCUGCUUAAACUAGAAGAGGGAAAGUGUUGGUUUGAAGAAAGUGGAGAAAUAAUGUCAUUACCUUCACCUAUUAGACAGUCAUGGAAUUUCAGACUAAACAUAAACAAGGAAGCUUUAAAUCCAGCAUUGAAGACCAUGUACAAGAAGGCAGUGAAAUCUGACCUAGAAAUCUCUGUUAGGAACAAAAUGGAAGGUCAAGGGGAAAUGUAUCAUUUAGAUCUCAACAUUGUGGGUUUGCAAUUCAGUCAUCACCCUCUCUUCAAUCAAGAACAAGUAUUAUGUGCCAGGCUGCUCCAACUUUAUGAGUGUUUUCAAGACAGGCAGCAACAGAAUUUAACUCAGCUGCUGUAUGAGAAGCUUAAAGCACUGACAGAUGCUACCAAAUUAGCAAAUGAAAAUUUGAAAAUAAGUCAGCUGACCAGAAAAUCUUUACAGGAUUAUUAUUGGCAGAUAAGUAAUACAAAACAGCUCUAUGACUUAGAAAAGGAAAGGGACUUCUCCCUACUACACAGCAUAUUACGGACUUGGAAACAGAUAAAAUCCCUUCGACAACGGCAAGGGUUUACAAGCACCCCGAUCAAGUUACAGUUUCAAAGGAUGAAAAUGAAUAAAUAUGAUGAACAAAAACAAGAGGAACUGUCAAAAAUGUCUGAGACUGAGAAGAUAACUGAAGGAAAAGCAUUUAAGAAUGGAGAGAAACAGGAGAGCUUCUCAUAUUUAGCUUCAGAAUUUGCAGAAACAGAUACUGAACGAAUAAAUCCAAUUACCUUGAUGCCACAGCUUUCUUUCACAGCAGAUAUAACAAACUCAUCUAGGUGUUCACUGCAUGAACAAAAGAGGAGAGCCAAAAUUCAGAAGCUUAAAUAUUUUAUUAAAAUAUUAUACAACGAUAAACAGGUUUCUUGCACUUCAGUAUCUCCCCUACAGUUUGAUUUUAAAGUCAUGUUUCAGCAAAUUUUCAGUAUUCAGUUAAUAUAUUGGCCUGAAACGCUUUGCUUGGAGGUUUAUGAAAUAAGUAAAAGGACAAGCUUACUGGCAAAGCUAUAUUUACCUUUACCUAACAACACAGAGCUGAAAAGCAAAACUGUUUUGGAAUAUGUAGAGUUUAGUUCUGAUGCGCUAGUCAUCCCUGCAUAUGGAGAAGUAGGAAGCAAUGUGCCCUUUCUUCUUGAGGGAAAUGGAACAGAAGAACUUUGUCUUUUGACAUCAGGAAAACUAAGCUAUUCUCUAUCAUGGGCCUUAGAUGAAAACGGUGUUCCUCUGACACCUGUGUCACAGUCGUUAAGAUCUGCUUACUGCAGUGUGUUAAGGAAUGUAGAUGCAAGAGGUGUUCCUGGAAUUUCAUGGCUUAUUAAUGCACAGAAGCUUUUCAGAUGGGCAAAUGAAGUCAGAAUUGACCCAAAUAAUCCAGAAUAUUCUGAUUUAAUGGAAUUUAUUAUGUACAUAAAACACAAAGGGCAGGAUAUGCCGAAGUAUUUUCGUCUUGAACAGUUGCAAGAUGAAUUUAACUUUGUUUCGGAAGAGGAAAUGAAAAAGAGUAAACGUUUCCAGCUGUUGCAACUUAGAAAUGCAGGUCACCUAGAUAUUUUCCUUCCGCAGCCAAUGCCCCUCUAUGAUAGAGAGAUUCCAGAUUUAGUCUUCCAGGAAUCUGAAAGUGAAAUAGAGAAGGAUAUAUCCAUGUCGGAUGUGAAUUCUAUUACCACACAAAGGAUUAGUUCUGCCAAUUUUCUGAAAAAGAUGAGAAGGUUGAUAGUGAAAAGAAUUGUCAAAGUUAGCAAAUUUAACUUAUCAGAUGUUGUGGCUGAUUAUGAAGAAAUUGUGUCUGCAAGCCAGUUGACACACGCAGUUUGUAAGCUUCUUGAACGACGAAGGAAGUUGAAGCCUAAGAGGAAAGAAAGGAAAAAAGUGGCAGCACAGACUAUCUGUGAUGGAGAUAUUAAGAUUCUUGUCAGAAUACUGAGGGCUUAUAAUAUUCCUACAAGGAAAACAGUAGUUAGUAGAACCUUGAAAAUGCCUACUUACUUGGUAUCGUCCAUGCCUCGCAUCAGACAUAAAGAAACAAUCAAAUCAGUAGCCUCAGAUGAGAUCUUAAAUGAGAUAAGUAUUUACCGCUUCUAUAAAGAUGCUGUGCGCCCUUUUGUGGAAGUGUCCUUUCAGCACACCGUAUACCAAACUAGUGUUGCAAGUGGAUCUCAUCCAUGCUGGAAUGAAGAAAUUACAGUAGAUUUUAUCUUACCAGGACAUGAUUAUAACUUCUCAAACUUAUCUAAAAUAAAAGAUAAUAUAUAUAUCAACAUUUUCGAUGAAAUGAUUAUUGAAAAACAUGAGGAUUACUGUUCCAAGAGCUGCAGUGGUCAUUCAUAUAUAAGAAAGAAUUGGCUUGGAUCCAUUGUCUUCCCUUUCUCUGCUCUCCUGCAACAAUCUGAGAUUAGUGGAACAUUUCAAGUAAAUAUUCCUCCAGUUUUGCUUGGGUAUACUUGGAGUAAGACUACUUACGUGUCUCCUAGAGAAGAUUGUAAUGGACAGAAUUUAAAAGAAUGUACCUUCUUAAAUAUUUUUGCUACCAUUGAACCUCAAAUAUCAUAUACCAUCUGUAAUCCAGAACUAGACAAGUUUUCAGAUCACACAGAUGUUUUGGAGAGAGCACAGAUUUUUAAAAAAAACUGUAAGGCAUUAUUUCCUAAACGAAGAAUCACAACUACUGUUUUUAAUGAUGAAGGGAUACAGAUCUUAGUAACAAGGUAUAUCAAGGCAUUGAAUCCACCUCAACAACUCCUGGAUCUAUUUCUUCAUGAUUCUAAUGCAACACUUGAUCUCGUUGCUCGCUUUGUGUCUUUGAUUCCUAUUGUGUCUGAUACACUGGAUGAAAAUGAUGAUUUUGAAAUAUGGAUGACAUCAGAGCGCUGCAUCAGUUUGGCUAUUGGAACCAAGGAGGAGCAUGCCAUUCUUCUCUGUAAUUUCCUUCUGUAUUUUGGAAAGAAAGCUUUGGUCCUCUUAGGAACCUCAGUGUUGGAAGGACAUGUGGCUUAUGUAUUAACUCAAGAAACUGAUAAAUAUUUGCUUUGGAAUCCAUUAACUGGGCAAUGUCACAAGCAGUUUGACCCAUUUUGUCCCUUACAAAGUGUAGACUGUUUGUUUGAUGGUGAAAAUGUCUGGUUUAAUAUUCAGCAAAAUAAUUCACCAAUGGCUGUAUAUUUUGACUAUUCAAAGGAAAGUUUCUGGAAACAGCUGCUUCCAAAAAAUUACCAAGGGCCAAAAGCACAAAGCAUACAGCCUGAAGCAAUAAUUUAUUCUGAUAGUGAUAAAGGCAUGGUAGAAGAUCUGAAGAACAGGAUUGAAAGAACUCUGAAAUGUAAAAUAAUGGAAUGGCGACCUAAACAGCCAACACGUUGGAAUAGACAAUGUACUUUUAUUUUACGAAAAAUCCUUCCUAAACUAGAACUUGGCUCCGGAAGCUUUGUUUCGUCUGAAGAAGAGAGUGAAUUUGAAAGACUAUUACAAUUCUAUUGGGUCACAGGAUUUCCUAUCCAGAUGCCAUACACUGAUGUACAGUCAGUUAUUGAUACUGUGUAUCAAACUGGAAUUCAUUCCUCUGAAUUUCCACAGACAGAAUUUGCUCUAGCUGUGUACAUUCAUCCAUACCCAAACAACAUAUUGUCUGUGUGGGUCUAUUUGGCUUCAUUAGCUCAACGUCAGUGAAAAGGAAGAAGAGAAAAGGAGAAGAUUGUUCAUGGCCCCCAACAGAAGUCAAAACUUCCCUGGUAAUUGGGAUUUUUCUAUUCAUCCUUAAGUGCAGAUCAGCGUGAAUCCAAUUUUUGGUUCACUUAGUUAAAUACGAUGGAGACUCACUCCAUGAGUCUUUCAGGACAAGACUCAGGCCUCCUCACAGGAGACCUCUUCAAGGAGGACUCUUUGGGAAGUCUGGCACCUUGGGUCACUGUCUAUGUAGGUCUUCUUCUGGGAAAGAAGCAAUUCUGGCCUCUCUCUAAAGCCAGUGUUACUCAAACCACGUCCAUCAAAAAUCACCUGGAAAGCCUUACUUAAAAAUGCAUAUUCCCACAUCCCACCCAGUACCUACUGAACCUGGAUCUCUGAGAGUGCAGCUCCAGAAUUGAUGUUAUUUUAAACAAGCUCCCCAGGAAAUUCUCUUUACCUGUUAAGAGUGAAAACCUUGCCUUAUAAUGUCAUUUUUACCAAGAUGAGACUGGUACAUUGGAUGCUGGUUCUGAUGGAAUUCCUGGCAGAAAUUAUUCAGAUAGAAACCUAAGGUCACUGCCUCUUAGGAAAUAAAAGAUUAUUUCAGUGGCUAGAAAUAAGAGGAAAAUCUGUCAUGUUGGGCUGAGGACUGAGGUCAGCUUCUGGAGCCUGCUCAAAAGUUUUCUCUUGAGAUGCUACUGAUCUGAAGUCCUUUCAGCUCCGAGUAUUUGGAAGAGACUCACAGGAAACACUACCUAAAUGCUUUCCUGGUUCUGUGAGAAAUGGAGAAAAUGGUCUUAUUGAAUCUUAGAGUUCCUUUGUUUCUUAAUGAGCAGCCCUCUACUCUGCCCCUGGCGCUUUUCUGCUGCUUUUCUUUCACAAUGUUGGCCCCAGGGAGACCCAUCUGGGUCCUCAAGAAAGAGUGGACAGGGAUCUAAGAAUCCCUGUACUUUGCUGUAUUUGAUUGUUCUGUGCUACAUUGAGAAAAGUAUUCAUACAGUUUAUUUACGGUACAUAACACCUUAUUUUUUAAAUCAAAAGAUACAGAUGUCUAAAGAUUGAUGAGAACACUUUAUAUGAGGUAAAAGUAAGAAAAAGAGGCUUCACUGCUCUCAUUGCAGGAGCUCCGGGGCUUGAGUCACCCCAGCAAGCAGAGAGCAGAGACCCCAAAUUCAUCCUCAGGGAAUCCUCAAUCUGCAUCUCCUCCCUCAAUACACCUGAGUGAGCUGGUGCCAGAGAAGACCUCAUUUAUUUGCAGUGAUGUUAGUCUUGGACCAAACUCAAGAUUACUAGAAGAGUAGCGAGAGUCGGGAGGUGGGUGAGGAGAAUGUUUUGCUCAAAGGUUAAAACCUAAUUAUGUGUGUCUUCUGGCAUGUAUCAGAAAACUGAUCAGAAUUUUUGCUUUUAUUUGAAUGUGUUUAAAUGCUCUGUGAAGUUUUGUUACCAACAAGUCUCCAACAUUGAUUGGGGUAGCACAAAAUGGUAGCCGUGGAAAGACAAGUUUGGCAAAGAAAUGCCGAAUUCAUGCAGUUCAUUUCUAUGAUACAUUGAAUGUUUAUGUAGCUAUUUUGUUAGCCAUUAAUGGUUUUAGAAUUGAUAGGCCGCUUUAAGAGUAAGGAGAAAAGUCUUCAUAGGCAAGUGUAUUAUAGUCUAUGUUAUAUCCAUUUUUUAUAUUGAUGUGUUCCUCAACUAAAAGUUUUUCCUAAAAAUUA